UUGAAUUCACCGAGGAGGCGGAGGAGGAGGAAUGGUAUGUGUGUAGUACAUAAGAACCAAACCAGGGUCACCUUUCGUGUUUCCACCCUGUUAAACUCUCUCCAGGUAAAUAAGUUGCAGUUCUCACGGUGCGUUUGAAGUCAGUCGGUCUCCGGAAGCUUGUGUUUACACUUCACCCGCCUGUCCGGCAGGUAUUGAGCCGCGACAGAUGACAGUGACAGGCUGGGUGUUGUUAGCUGCUCGGUGAUAAGAGAUAAACGGGGUGACGGCGGCUGUCAGGCGCAGAUAAAACGGACAAUUAACGGUCUAAACUCGACAAUGUGGCGGCAAGAAGCUCCACAACUGCUCGGCUGUGGAUACGGUGUGAAGACCUAACGGCUGGGGGCUAAACAUGUUUACACGAGUGGAUUUACUCAGCAAGAAACACCUCGACACCAUUAGUUACUGACUCUGACUGACCACUGAGGAACAUACUUGUAUCUCUUUUACCUUUUGUUGAGCUAAUAUCAACACAACUCGGACAAUGCGGCUUUUAAUUCGCAUGUCAAGGUGCUCGCAUGGAGUUCACCUGUCCAAGCUCAAGCUAACGCAGCAGAGGAUGUUAUGGCUGCAGCACCGGCUCACUCCUUCCGCUGCCCUCCGGAGGAAGAGACAGUCAACCGGGGUCAAGUCAUCCCUCCAUCCGACCCUCUCCUUCCCUCUGUCCUCACCCUGUGUCUCUAUCCUGCCCUGCAGUCCACUCAGAGGUCUCUCCAUACUCUGCUCACACACACCGACAGUACGGACAGUCAUACACAUACCUGUUGCCUUUGCCAGCUCUUCAGCCGCCUCCACACCCACACCUGCCGGGUCAGUGAAGACCCAGACGGACACGGAGAGAGACCAGACACCCAUCGCGGUCCCCCCGCGGGAGGAUGUUAAGAGGAUACUACGACUGGCUCACCCUGAGAGAUGGAGAUUGGCAGCUGCCGUGGGCUUCCUGACUGUCUCCAGUGCAGUAACGAUGUCAGCUCCCUUCUUCCUGGGUAAAGUGAUUGACACCAUUUACACUACUGGAGCAGACACAGAGACGAUGACAGCCUCCCUGACAUCAUUAUGUAUCAUGCUGACGGGAGUGUUCCUGUGUGGCGGGGCAGCCAAUGCCGCCAGAGUCUACCUCAUGCAGACCUCGGGCCAACAGAUUGUUCGUGAUCUCCGUGCCUCUGUCUUCUCCUCCAUCCUCAGACAGGAAGUGGCAUUUUUUGACAGGAAUAGCACCGGAGAGCUUAUCAACCGCCUCUCUGCUGACACUGCCGUGGUGGGCCGCUCCAUCACUGACAACCUAUCAGACGGGCUGAGAGCCCUCGCCCAGGCAAUUGCUGGUGUCAGUAUGAUGAUCUAUGUCUCCCCCAGUCUUGCGGGCUUUGUGUUGCUCAUUGUUCCUCCAGUGGCUGGCCUCGCUGUACUCUACGGCAGAUACCUUCGCUCCAUCUCCAAAUCCACACAGGACGCACUUGCACAAGCCACACAGUUGGCAGAGGAGCGCAUCAGCAACAUACGGACGGUCAGAGCUUUUGGUAAAGAGCUGUCAGAGGUCAACAAAUACACACAGAAGACAGACCAGGUCCUCAGCCUGGCCAGGAAGGAGGCUGUACUACGAGCCGGCUUCUUUGGAGUGACUGGUCUCAGUGGUAACAUCAUGAUCCUGUCAGUGCUGUACAAAGGAGGCCUCCUGAUGGCCAACCAGCACAUGACCGUGGGAGAGCUCUCAUCGUUCCUCAUGUACACUUUCUGGGUGGGCAUCAGUGUUGCAGGUCUGAGUUCAUUCUACUCUGAGCUGAUGAAGGGUCUUGGAGCAGGAGGCAGACUGUGGGAGCUGCUGGACAGGAAGCCAGAGUUUCCUCUAAAUGAAGGUCUCAUGCUUCCUCCAGAACAGCUGAAGGGUCGGUUGGAGUUCUCUGAUGUCUCCUUUGCCUAUCCGGCCCGUCAUGAGGCUCCUAUUUUCCAGAACCUCAAUCUGUUGGUUCCAGCUGGCACCAUCAUGGCCGUGGUGGGACCCAGCGGCUCUGGAAAAUCAACCCUGGUCUCACUGCUGCUCAGGCUGUACAACUGUGACGCUGGUAUCAUCACUAUAGAUGGUCAUGACAUCAAAGAUCUGAAUCCCUAUUGGCUCAGGAGUCACAUUGGGACUGUCAGCCAGGAGCCUGUGCUGUUUUCUUGCUCCAUCAGAGAAAACAUUGCGUACGGUGCCGUGGACCCAGACGCUGUGACCACAGAGGACAUCUACAGGGCAGCCAGAUUAGCCAACGCCUUUAAUUUCGUCCAGUCUUUUCCUAAUGGCUUUGACACUGUAGUGGGGGAGAAAGGAGUGCUGUUGUCAGGUGGUCAGAAGCAGAGGAUAGCCAUAGCCAGAGCUCUGCUCAAGAAUCCUAAGAUCCUGCUGUUAGAUGAGGCGACCAGUGCACUGGAUGCUGAGAAUGAGUUCCUGGUCCAGGAGGCCUUGGAGCGUCUGAUGGAAGGAAGGACAGUCGUGAUCAUCGCUCACCGUCUCUCCACCAUCCAGAACGCUCACGCUGUUGCUGUACUGGACCAGCGGCGUAUAGCAGAGUGUGGCCAGCACACAGAGCUGCUAGGCAACAGGCAGGGACUGUUCAGAAAACUGAUGGAGAAACAGGCGUUUCUACAAGAUGAACAGCAACGAGCACUUCGCUGAGAGGACAGGGAGUACAGACGAGUGGAUGAGGAAGAGGUGAGGUCAAUGCCUGGGAAUAAAGUGGCUUUGCUUCAGAAGGGGUGGGGCAGCGGGGAAAAUAGGUAUUGCCUGGAAUGAACAAAGAUGGAUAAAACUAAAGGAAAGCAGAACUUUCCACAGGACAACAGAUGAACACUAGAAAAAGAGGAGAAUGGAAAACCCACCAAGAAACAUUGAAGGGUUUUUCUUAAAUGCUGCGACUGUCUAUUCACUGCUGAACUGACUAUUUAGCUCCACAUGAGGAGCUGUUUGAAAAGGAAACAAACAGGGUAAUCUGCCGUGAAGACCCAAGAACUGAAACAAGGAUCAGGUUCUUAGAGAUGCUUUAUUUUGAAAAUAUCUAACUAAUAUCUGCACUGAAAGACGAGGUCUGAAAGAGGAUGAAAAGGAGACACGAUGAAGACAGACACUCCUCACACAGCAACAUGUCAUUUUUUAAAAUCACUGUUACUACCAUAGUUUUCGAGGAAAGCCUAAAUCCUGUUUAAAAAUAGUUCAGGCGUACCUGAGACAUGUGCAGAAUGUAAAUGUGACCGUAUGCAUCUGGUGCAAAUGACUUUCACUCUCUGCUGUGGGUCACUGUUGUCUGUUAUCACUUCAUGAUUUUCAUAAGCAAACCAAAAACAGUCCAGUACCGUGUAUACACAACUGCUAAAUGUGUAUUUGUGACAUAUUGUUUAUAUUUAAAACUUGAAGCCCACAUGCAGAGUAUUUACAGACAUUAUUUAAGGGAAGCAGCUAUUUGUGUUGUAGUAAAGCAGGACUGGACACUAUGAGGACAUGAAUUAAAGUCCAGGUAAAGUAAAAUCAGAGAGUUCUUUCUUAACACAUGAAACAUGUUAGAAAGGACUUGUUGAAAACGUGAAAAGACUUGAGAACUGUGCAGUGCUCUGUUGUUGAGUUGGACAGUUAAAAAACUGUUUCUCAUCAUUCUGUGUCCAGGAUUUUUUUUAACAUAACCCCUCCCCUCACCAUAUAAAAACUAAUGUGUAGCAUCAGUGUUGUUUUGUUCCUCCCUGUGAGUGAGCGGUGAGUUUGCUACGUUCAGCAAUCUCUCUUGGCUCCUUCAGUCUAAUAAACACAUGAAUAACUAUCUUUGUUAAAUGCUACUAUCAUAUAAAAACAAGCAAACUCACCAACAUACCUCUCAGUCUUUCAACCGGAAUCAGCUACCCAGCCUGCUGGCGGUUAAUGCUCACUGCUGUGGUGGUGUUCUUUGUGCUAACAUUAGCUGCUGAACGAGCUGAAUGAGAGCAGCUUCACAGCAGACGCACCCACGGCGUCACAGCUUUUCACAUUUUUUAAACCUUAUUUCAUAUUCUUGCCAUUUUUUUCAUCAGUAGAAAACACACUUUUCUGUGAUGAGACAAACUCAGAACACAUAUUUAGUUUUUCUUUACCCAGACUUGAAUUUCUGCACAUUUGCCAUGAAAAAUAUUAGUGAUUGUCCUGUGAGUCACAGCUGAGGUGCUACACAUCUAAAAAAAACAAAAAAACAUUAUUUCUUUCACCAAGGACUUGGUCUCAGUUAAUCGUAUUUACAUUGGGAUGGGUUUACCAGUAUGUUUAGAUUCCGUGAGAUUUCCUCGCUUUAGAUUUAAGUGACUGCCCUGAAACUGCUAAACCUUUCCAUGGUUACAUGUCAAACACAGUAACUGUGCACUUGGGAGGGUUGAGUGAGGCGAGCUGAACAGCCUCUUCUCUGUAAGAUGUUCUGCUGCUCUCUGGGAGGCACGAAAAGGGAGACAUGUCAUUAAAGUCAGAGGUGGUCUGUGUGUCAUGAUCACAUCUCUCUUAGCAAGUAUCGCAUUGUCUAAAAUCCCUAAUCCCUUCACCUUUUAUCUUGUCUUGUAAUCUCAGUCACUUUUCUUGAUCUAAUCUAUAAAUGGUGGAAAAACAGAAAAUCAGAAACUAACAUUAUGUCAUACACAUUUCUGACUGAACACUGUUGACCACUGUGUCUCUCUGUCUCUUCCAUAAUGGAACAGGAUGUGCACUUGGCCGACAAUAAAUUCUGUGUAAACCGCUCUAAAAGCCACAGCGCUCAUGUUAAAGGGCCCGGCUAAGAAGGAAUGAUUCUCCUCAGUAAAUAUUUGCAUGGUAAAUGUCCACUUCACUGCUCAGGGGGAGUCUGUUGGACCGGAGUGUUACGUGAGACAUGCAAAUGGUCUCAGUUUGAAUACCCUACAGCUCUAAAGGGACUGCACAUUGGACUGUUUCUAGAAUUGCUCGUGAGAAACAACUAGAUGUCUGAUGAGAAGCUUUAAUUGAUUUACAGCAAAUGAUCACAUAUUAUAUAAAUGUGUUUUUCUGAUGUUCAUGUCCCCUAAAAUGUCUGACCUUGACUAUACUGACCUGUAGAUAGUCAAAGAUUCAGGCUGUGAACAGGCUGUGAAUGAUUAUUAUCCUUAGAGCUUUUCAAAUUUUAAAGGAAAGUUUAAAGACAAUGAAAUAAUAGUACUACACAGUGCAAACACAAAUACAUGGUCUUAAGCCAGGGUAUUACAUAAGUAGGCCUACAUAAAUGAAAGUACAUACAAUAAUAAUAAAGAUAAAGUGGGGUUCAGUCAUACAGAUAGAGAGGUAUGUUCAGUCAGAGGAUUCGGGGAAGAAAGUUGUGUAAUUUUUAGUGGCAAAAAAGUAGCUGGAAAUGCGGCAGCAGGUCAUGAAAAACUACUUUUUUGUUUGUUGGUUUCGAACAAUUGUUUGCAGCCUGGUAUCCACCACCCCCUCUAUUUCCUGACGACAAAGUCAGCUCAUAUACAUGGAAUCAUCAUCAUGUCACAUAGAAUCGUUGAUGUGAUUCGUAUGAAAUUUACAAAUGUAAUGUAUCUGUGGUUUUUGCAGAAACCGAUUAUGCCAAAAUUUUCUUCUGGCGGCUGAGCAUCUAAGAUCUGAGAUUCAAAUGACGCUAGGCAACCUAGAUUAACUAUGUCAGUAAUACAAAAUGCUUGAACAGUAACCUGGAACCCUCAGAGCAGACUUAUCAGUACAGAGAGCGAGAGUUAACUUUAUAGUGAUCAGACCAUGUUUUACGAAAUAUUAAUCACAGCAAAGUAUUUUUACAUAAUUUAAAAACUUGUCUGGAGGGAAACUUUAAGUCAGUCUCUAUUCAUAAGUAUAUUUCCUAUAUUUUCAUUGUCUAUUUCUAAAACAAAAGUCAGACAGUAUGUUGCAGGAGUUUUCUUUCACAUGAAUUAGAUUUGAAUAUUGCACCAGUUUUAUAUAAAAACAUUAUCAACACAAUAUUUUCCUACAAUAUUUUUUUUCUCUUACCAUUUGACUCAGAUGAAGAGACUGCAAACCUGUGUGCAUUUCUCUGAAUGUUCAUGCUAGGUUUUUUUUUUUUUUUUUUUUUUUUUUUAAUAUAUGUUUUUUAUGAGUUAGAAACUUGAAUUAUUGUGAAUGUAAUUUUCUUUCAUGGUUUGACGGCAGUGAUGCGCAGAGACUAAAAACUGGACAUUUAAACAAAUCAGUCCUGAUAAUAUUUAAACAAGGAAUAUAUUAAAACAGCAUUGAUCACUGAUGACUGACCACAUGAAAGCCUUGUAAUGUUGUCUUUGUCUGGUUUUAUAAAUGUAGAGGUUUUAUAUAUUUAUUACAGUGUAUAGACUGUACGGCAGCAACAUGUGAGCUCUGUUCUCUGUCUCAGUUACUUAACUUUAAUUAAGAUAACUUAGUUAAGAAAGUUUCCAUGUGCUUUGUUUUCUUUUGUGAUGAUUUUAAUGUUGUGUCUUAAAGGUAGCAACAGAUUUUAAUUUCCUCACAGCCCGUUAGUUAUCAUCUCAAAUUGAAACCUUUAUUUUAAUGUCACACCAUGAACAUUGUCUCUGAACAUCACAUGUCCAGACUUGUGUCCUGUGGAAGUACAUUUUUAAAAUCACCAAACUCCACCUAUUCACAUUAAAUCGAAAGAAUUCAUGUUUUGUUAAAAAUCACACUCACUCCGUAAAAAGUGAAAGUUUCCCAGUUAAUGACAGAUCCAUGUCUAAUAACAAAUCACAGAAGACCACCGAGAGGUUCUUCUCUUUUUUUAAACUUUGUAUAAGUUAUAAAAAUCAUGAUCUAAAUGUAUGAUAGAUUUUUAAUUAUUUUUGUGUUUGGUAAAUUAUUCCAUGUAAAGGUAAAUAAAGUGAGAUAUUGAAAGUU